UAAAAUCCCUGUGCAUAAUUCAUUCCCGGAAAUAUCACAGCCAUCUCUGAUCAAACUACCGGUGCUCCUUCUCUGACGUAAUCACGUUUCCCUCCACCAAAUUACACACACAACACACAGCACAAUGGCAGUAGUGAACUGCUACAUCUCCUUAACCUUAUCACAAGAUUCCUCAGCAGCAGCACAGCCAGCAGCUCGAAGUCCAAGAGAAACCAAGAUUUUGCUGCCAAAAAAGAAGCCUCUCAAAUGGUCUACUGGGGUGGCUCCAGGGGAGUGGGGCGGCCCACCAACUACGUCCAAGCUCAGGAAGUACUGGGGUGGCCAGGAUGAGGACCCGCUAACUUCUGAUGACUUCAUUUGGAAUAAAGAUUUCAUGGGUCGCAUGAAAAGGCUCAUUGAGGACCCUGCUGAUGGUGUUGGGAAUUCCUCAUUUGACCCUAUUGCUUCUCCGGCAAAGGAACAGUCUUCUGGAUUUCUUAGCUUGAAUAGGGUCAUGAGUCUUGACAGUCUGGAAGUUGACUUGAGCAAGGAACUAGCAGCUCCUUCAAAAGCUCUAGUAGAAGAACAAGUUGAUGAGACUCAAGCUAAUGGUACUGCAUCUCGAAGAUGGAGACCAGCACCAACACGACGUGAGCAAGAGAAGUGGGACAGAGCUACCAAGGCUGCAACAGGAGGCAGUGAUGUGAUGUUCCGGGAAAUUCGGCGACCAAAAGGGGAUCCAGAAGUUUUGGCAGCUCAGUCAAGGGAGCAGUAUUUUAAGUUGAAAAAGAAGUUGCAAUUCCUUACCCUAGGUAUUGGUGGAAUUGGUGUACUCUCGGCUUAUAUAUCCUAUAGUCCUGAAAUUGCUGCAAGCUAUGGUGCUGGACUGCUUGGUUCUUUGGCUUAUAUGAGGAUGCUUGGGAAAACGGUGGACUCCAUGGCUGAUGGAGCAAAGGGGCUUAUCAAGGGAGCAGUUGGGCAGCCGAGGCUCUUGGUUCCUGUUGUCUUGGUCAUGAUCUAUGAUAGAUGGAAUGAGAUUUUAGUUCCAGAAUAUGGUUUCAUGCACCUUGAAUUGAUACCUAUGCUAGUGGGAUUUUUCACUUACAAGAUUGCUACCUUUUUCCAAGCUAUUGAGGAAGCAUUGACUGUCUCUGGAGAGAAAAGACAAGCUUAGCAUGCAAUAGUCUGCUACUUAUACUCCUGUCAUUCUUGAUGAAGUUUACAGAGGUGUGUACAGCGGAAAAUACACUUUACCUCAUGGAAUCAAAUUUCUGUGGACAGAGUUAUUCCUGAGAAACUGUCAUUAAUUUAUCAGUGUUGCCUUGUUCACAGAUACCAGAUGAUUAUUUGUGAAGCCAGAAAGAAAACUAAUUAGUAUAUUCCAAUUUCCAAAAAAGGUGGGGAUCAUCAGAUUAUCGAAGAUAGUGCUCCAGAUGUUAACAAUAUGAAACUCUAUAGUAUAUACAUAAUUUGUGCAUCUGGUGGACAUCCAGAAGUUGAAAAUCUUUCUGCCUACACUUGCAUCUUGUUAUAAAAUUCUUUUAUCCAGAAGAACUUGCAUCUUGUUGAGAAACAAUAUGUUACCCUUUUAACAGAUGCUUGUGAUUCGAUAUCUAUUGUUAGAGAUUCUUUUGUCU